UGUCUGUCAUGUUUGGAUUACAAUCAUUCAGAAACCCAAGUGAAGAAAUAAGACGUGACUGUAACGGACACAUAUUUGGAAAAACCGAACUCAAAUGGCCGUGGAGGGACCACACAGGUUUCUUGGUUCGGAGACUGUGGCUCUGUUAGCUUAACUCGGUUCACUGUCUGAAUUUAGCUAACUCUACUAUCCUCGCUUCCUCCUGCACGUCUGGUUUUUCUUGCUUUUCUGGUGAUGGAGAGACUAAUAACCAAGCUGACAGAGAAGCAUGUCCUUUUCACGGCUUCGUUUGCAAUAAGACUGGCCCUGGUCGCCUAUGGAGACUUCCAGGAUAGGACUAUGGUGGUGAAAUACACUGAUGUUGACUACCAUGUGUUCACAGACGCUGCAAGAUUCAUGACUGAGGGCCAGUCUCCAUACAACAGAUCGACUUACCGCUACACCCCUCUGCUGGCCUGGCUCCUCACCCCCAACAUCUACCUCAGCAUGGUGUUUGGCAAGAUCCUCUUCAUUGUGUGUGAUGUUCUGUCAGGACUACUCAUCUAUAAAAUCCUCCAUCUGCGAGGUCUCAGCUCCGAGACUGCACUUCGUGUUAGCUCUCUGUGGCUCUUCAACCCACUGCCUAUGGGAGUAUCCAGUCGAGGGAACGCUGAGUCAAUCUUAUCAGCCCUGGUGCUGGGGACGUUACUCUGUAUGGAAGCCCGUCGUCUGAAGUUGGCAGCUGUGCUCUAUGGCCUCUCUGUCCAUAUGAAGAUCUACCCUGUUACAUAUGCUCUGCCCAUUGCUUUGACUCUACGCACCUCAAAACCCAGAGUAGAGGAGGAUAAAUCUGGAUGGAGAUGGAGGGGGCUUGUGGGAUUCAUUAGAAGCUUCAUCAACCGAGACCUGCUACUCUUUGCAAGCGUGGCUGGGGGAGUUUUCUGUACCCUCACAGCGCUCUUCUAUUACAUGUACGGGUGGGAGUUUCUCCAUGAGACCUACUUGUACCAUCUGACAAGACGGGACACCAGACACAACUUUUCUCCAUACUUCUACAUGCUCUACUUAACCGCAGACACUAGGUGGAGCCAGUGGCUUGGCCUGGCAGCAUUCUUGCCACAGCUCACCCUGCUCUUGGUCAUAUCAUGGGCUUUUCACCCUGAUCUGACUUUGUGCUGUUUCCUGCACACUGCCAUCUUUGUUUCAUUUAACAAAGUCUGCACUUCACAGUACUUCCUCUGGUACCUGUGUUUGCUUCCUCUGGUCAUCCCUCACCUGAGUCUGUCUCUAAAACAGGGCUUAGGACUGUUGACCCUCUGGUUCGUUGGACAGGCUAUUUGGUUGGGACCUGCCUAUUUCCUGGAGUUUGAAGGCUACAACACCUUCCUGCUGAUCUGGCUCGCUGGUUUGCUCUUUUUGAUCAUCAACACCUUUAUCCUGAUUCAGGUCGUAACACACUACAAGCAAACAAAAACUCCACAAAGAUUAAAACUGGACUGAGGACUCAGUCUGUGUAAUGUGUGACUACUGACUCAUGCACAAAUAAAGUUUUUAGUUUGUUAUAA